AUGAACGUAAUUCAGGCUGUUAAGUUAUAUAUAACUAAGAUGACAGAGGAGAGCGGGCCAGGAAUGAAAGUUAUUCUAAUGGAUAAAGACACUACAAGUAUAGUAAGCAUGGUGUUCAGCCAAUCAGAAAUAUUACAAAAAGAGGUGUACUUAUUUGAAAGAAUAGACAGUCACUCCAAAUGGGAUAAUAUGAAACACAUGAAAUGCAUUGUUUUUCUGAGGCCAACUUCCGAGAACAUCUCCCUAUUGUGUAGAGAACUGAGGUACCCUAAGUACGGAGUGUAUUUUAUAUACUUCAGCAAUGUGAUAUCAAAGGCUGACAUAAAGACCCUAGCAGAAUGUGAUGAGCAGGAGACAGUGAGAGAAGUGCAAGAGGUGUUUGCUGAUUACUUAGCUGUGGACAGGCAUUUGUUCUCAUUCAAUAUUGCGGGCUGUUUGCAUGGUCGUUCAUGGAAUCAACAUCACCUCCAACGCUGUGCCCAAGGUAUCUUGGCCCUACUCCUGUCAGUGAAGCGCCGAGCUGUGGUCCGGUAUGAGGCUGCAUCAGAACCUUGCGCUCGCCUCGCUGAACGUGUGCGAGACCUUCUGCGUCGAGAAGCAGUACUUAUUGAUAACAACAUACCAUUUAAUGGAGAAAUACCGACACCACAGUUGCUGAUUAUAGAUAGGAGAGAUGACCCAGUAACACCUUUAUUAAGUCAGUGGACAUACCAAGCAAUGGUACACGAGCUACUGACGAUCAACAACAACCGAGUAAGUCUGGCGCAUCUGCCUGAAGUGCACAAAGACUUCAAAGAAGUUGUACUCUCUUCUGAACAAGACGAGUUUUAUGCAAAGAAUCUCUAUUCCAACUUCGGCGAGAUAGGACAAACAAUGAAGUCAUUGAUGGAUGAAUUCCAGAAGAAAGCGAAGAGUCAUCAAAAAGUUGAGAGUAUUGCUGAUAUGAAAAAUUUUGUUGAACAAUAUCCUCUAUUCAAGAAAAUGUCGGGUACGGUGACCAAGCAUGUGACUGUUGUGGGCGAGCUGUCCGCGUGUGUGACUCGACACAAUCUACUGGAAGUGUCGGAGCUGGAACAAGAGAUAGCUUGCCAGAGCGAUCACUCUAAACAUUUACAGCGUUUAAAGAACCUGCUAUCAAACGCAGCAGUCCGACACCACGACGCUGCUAAACUGGUAGGUCUGUAUGCCCUCCGAUACGAAAAGCAUGCCAGCAAUGCUUUACCUUCACUCAUCGAGGCUCUCAAGAAUAGAGGAGUCUCGGAGCAGCUCAUCAAAAGUGUUAUCAAUCUCUUGGAGUACGGAGGAGCACACGCCAGGCAGAGUGAUUUGUUUGGUCUGCAAGAUGCUGUCAAAAUUACCAAAAGACUGUUUAAGGGUCUGAACGGUGUGGAAAACAUAUACACACAGCACACACCGCUCUUGAAAGAUACGCUAGAAGAUUUGAUCAAAGGGAAACUUCGAGAAAAUCUUUAUCCAACUAUGGGAGGCGAUGACGGUGCUUAUGGGCGAAGGCCACAAGACAUUUUUGUGUUUAUCGUAGGGGGCGCUACGUACGAAGAAGCCUUGUGCGUACAUCAGAUCAACCAAACAUAUCCUGGAGUCAGAAUCGUGCUUGGAGGCACAACCGUGCAUAAUUCUACAUCGUUCUUCGAAGAAGUGAAGGCGGCUAUGCAAGGCGUUCAUAGAACACAUACAAGACAUAUUAGAAAUGUGUAA